AUGGGCCAUGGCAAGCGGCCAAGGGACCUGGAUGAGGCAAUGCCUCCCCCGAGGCCCAAACAGUCCAAGAUUGAUUCUUUCUUUCUUAACUGUAGCAGAAAUAACGAGGAAGAUAGCUACACGGUUGAAACCCACAAUCGUUUUAAUCCUUUAAUUGACCUCGCAGCCGAUAUAGAAGUGGAGGGGGUGAACUCGAAGGCAACGAAUAAUGCUAAUGAUAAUGACAAAGAAGUGAGAGUCACCUCGAAGGGGGAGUCCGAGUUGGCCCUGGGCGAUGGCAUGGGAUUCAAUCAUUUCCAAUUAAUAAUCAGGACCCUGCGCUGCAUCUUUAAGAGCAUAAAUGGGAUCUCCAUGCAGGUGAAUAAUCUCCACCAAAAGCUUGAGGCCCAUUUGCUGGAGCUGCAGCACAACCUCACUCUGCCUCCGAGGGAUUUAAAGGGACAGAGGUGUACCUCCCUGUUAGACAUGAAAGUGGUACUGGUGGUCACCUCUUAA